GCCGCCGCUGCCGCCGCCGCCACCGGUGAAUGAUCUGGGCGGCCGCGGGCGGCCCCGGCUAGCGGCCACCAGCCACUUCUGCGGCUGCCCACGGGAGCGAAGGUCGCCGGGCCCGUGUCGUCCCCCCCUCCGCCCCCUCCGGAGGGGCGAGAGGGCGCCGCGGCUGUGGCAGAAAUACACUUUCAGGAAAUGGCCUCUAAAUCUUGGCUGAAUUUUUUAACCUUCCUCUGUGGAUCAGCAAUAGGAUUUUUUUUAUGUUCUCAGUUAUUUAGUAUUUUGUUGGGAGAACAGGAUGACACUCAGCCUAAUAUUCUUCAUAAUGAUCCUCACGCUAGACAUUCAGAUGAUAUUGGACAGAAUCAUCUAGAAGGUCAAAUGAACUUCAAUGCAGAUUCUAGCCAACAUAAAGGCCCUCAAAAUCUAGAGAAAAAGGCCAAACACGUCAAAGCCACAUGGGCCCAGCGUUGUAACAAAGUGUUAUUUAUGAGUUCAGAAGAAAAUAAAGACUUCCCUACUGUGGGAUUAAAAACCAAAGAAGGCAGAGAUCAGCUGUACUGGAAAACAAUUAAAGCUUUUCAGUAUGUUCAUGACCAUUAUUUAGAAGAUGCUGAUUGGUUUAUGAAAGCUGAUGAUGAUACAUAUGUGAUACUAGACAAUUUAAGAUGGCUUCUUUCAAAAUAUGACCCUGAGCGACCCAUUUAUUUUGGAAGAAGAUUUAAGCCCUAUGUGAAGCAAGGCUACAUGAGUGGAGGAGCUGGAUAUGUACUGAGCAAAGAAGCCUUGAAGAGAUUUGUUGAUGCAUUUAAAACAGAGAAAUGUACACAUAGUUCCUCAAUUGAAGAUUUAGCACUGGGAAAAUGCAUGGAAAUUAUAAACGUAGAAGCUGGAGAUUCCAGAGAUACCACUGGAAAAGAAACUUUUCAUCCCUUUGUACCAGAACACCACUUAAUAAAAGGUUUUUUACCCAGAACUUUUUGGUACUGGAAUUACAACUAUUAUCCUGCUAUAGAGGGUCCUGGUUGCUGUUCUGAUCUUGCAAUUUCUUUUCACUAUGUUGAUUCCACAACUAUGUAUGAAUUAGAAUACCUCGUUUAUCAUCUUCGUCCAUAUGGUUAUUUAUAUAGAUAUCAGCCUGCCUUACCUGAGAAUAUACUAAAGAAAAUAAGUCAAUUAAACAAGGAUGAGGAUCCAAAAGUAAAAUUAGGAAACCGUUAAAAAAAAAAAAAAAAAAAAAGAAUGAACCCAGGUAAAAUGGUCUAGCAUUGCACUGAAGAAGGACUUUUCUACAUUUCUGACAUAAAAUCCUGAAAUCCCAGUGAGGAAUUCAUUCUUCUAACUGAACAUUCCACUUAGAAAUCUUUCAAAUGAGUGACUGCAAACUGAAGCUUUAAGUGAGCUGUGAAGUCUGUUAAAAUGUAUUUUGAUACAAUAAUAUAUAUAUAUAUGUGAAAAACAUGUUUUUAAAAUGUUAACAUAGAAAAACCAGAAGCGAUUUUGUUGCCUGUUCCCAACCACGUGUAUUAUUGUCACUGAGAAACUAAAACAGCUAAAUUUGCUAUACCUGUACUGCAUCAUGGUAGUAACAUCCAAUGCUAAACAGACCUGCCUUAAAGAAAUUUUAGAAGGAAAUAUUGUUGCUCAGUGUUAUUUAUAAACUCAUUUGCAGUAUAGUAUAAAUGAAUCAGCCCAACACACAGUUACCUAAUUAAAAUUUUUCUGUGAUUAUUUAUAAUUGGCAGCAUUUCUUCAAGGAGAAGGUAGAAUAAUAGCACAUUAAUAAAAAUACAUUUUGAAGUUCUCAGCCCUGACUAUGUUAUACACUUGGUUCUAAUGAAUCCUACCAAGUUCCUAUGUCUCUUUUCACUGUUGACCACUCUUAAAUACUAUUCUCCAGUACUAGUAUUUAUUUGCUUAAAGCUAUAAUAGCAUUCUGUAAACAUGCAUUUUCAAAUAUUUUGUUUUCAGCUUUACCCAUUGUUAAUUAUGGGUACUUAAUAAAUAGUAAAUUUAAUGCUAUUUGGGCAUGCUUUUCUUCUAUCAAUGCCACUCUCAGGAAUAACUAAGUGACAUUAUUAUUUUAAACUCUAUCCAACUACAUAAUUGUUAUGCCUUUCAUUUUCAUUCUGUUGAAAAAUGAGAACUUGCUUGUGCCUUUUAUAACUUGUUUUAAAAUUCAGUUUUAGGUUUGAGGUGGCUUUUAUGCUGGCAAAAUAUUUCAAAUGUAGGUUUUGACCAGAGUUGAUUAAAACCAUUAAAAAAUGUUAUUUUCCAAAUGUUAUUAAAAUGUUACAUUAAAAAGUAAAUGCUUAAUUUAUGAAUAAUAACUUGGAAUGUGAUGCUAACUUACUAUUUGAGGAUAUUGCUUUGCCCAUGAUAAUUCUAACAAAGCAGACUACUAUUCAAGUCUGCUGUCAAAACACAUUUACAAAUGUUUCAUUCUAGUUUUAGUAAUUUUCUGUUUAAUGAAUUUCUAGGUAGGGAAAAAUUAUUUAACUUUUGUUGUCUUCAGCAUUACUGAGUGUCUAACAAUAUUUAACAGAAUGUUUUACAUUUUCCAUAAGAUUAUUUCAAAUGUAGCAUAUAUUUGCAUUUCUUAUGAUAAUUUUAUGUACUUGUCAUACACUUGAUUCAUUGCUUAGAUAAAUAACUUAGAUUUGUCGUGCCAAAACAUGACGAAAGCAUUGACCUCUUUGGAUAGUAUAUUUUUGAGGAUGUUCCUUUCAGUGGCUAAUUAUGGUUUCCUCUAUCCUUACAGUGAAAACACAUACCAAUUUACCUAUUAAAUUUUUCUUUGUUGUUUUCA